UCGUGUAGUACGUUCGCUCCGUAGAGCCGGCUCUAGCGCCAUUGCAAUCGUUGCCCGUCGUCCGCGGUCCAGUGCACUGUGAACCCACGCCGUUCUUCCGCGCGGCAGGUGAGGUUGGGACCGGCGUGGCUCCGGUGGCUCGAGUCCGCCCGGAGCGGUAUUGAUCGCAUCCCGUGCGACUGUUUCAAUGUUUAUAAACAGCCGGCCGCAUCCAUUCGUACCCUCCUGUUUUUGAUACGUCUUCCCCACUGUGAGCGAUCCCCACAGCCGAUCCUGAAUGCACCGAACGCAACAGCAUCUCGCGUAGGACUCAGAGCACAUCUGGAUAGAGUACGAGAGAGAUAAAUUAUCAAGAACAUUGAGCGUGACAACAAAGAGGAUCCCAUGUGAUUGGACAAUGUAAUCACGAGUCAAUGUGAAAAACAGUAUUGCGUUUAAUGGGAGUUAAAUAAGGGACGAUAAAAGAGGCAGCCAUGCUGUCCUACAUGGUGCCAGUGGAGGAGAAACCUCCACCAGUGCCGGGGAAAGGCCGCCUCGCUUUGGAACUAGUCGCAAGCCCUGGAAGCCCAGAGUCCGCAGCCAGACGAACUCGCACCAACAUUUCCAAAGACUCCUCGACGAGCUCGUUUGCCAGUGACCUGACAUUCUCCUCUUCCACGCCUACUGGAGCGCACGAGAAACCAAGACACAAGCUACUGAGCAACGGUAGCAAACACACUUCUUUAAAGAGGGUAUCGUUCGGGAGCUCCAAAGGGUCGAUGGUAGAGACCCUCAUCUACGAGAGUCCCCUACAGGAGGAGCCCGAGUGCAGCCCACCUCCGAAGUUUCAAGAAACCGCAUUCCCGUAUACGCCCGUCGAAGACGAUUCGGAGCGUUCCAAAGUCCGCGUGUCCUUCUACCAGGGGGUGCGGCCACAGUGUCUAUCUCCGCCUCCGGUGCAGUCGGAGUCGCACGUACUCUACGCAGAUUUGCUCUCUGCUGCAGUCAACGUUGACAUGGCAGACCACACUAUGUAUAAUAGACAAAUCAGUACUGAGAGCGGAUGGGAUAACCCAUUUCGUCCAGACGGCGACCUGAGCCGCGAGGCGGACGAGAUUGUUUCCCUGAUCAAGGGCGGGAAGCCCAUCACGCCCACGCCGCCUAUCACAAAUCAGAUACCGAUUUGUGACGAACAGGAGGAAAAAGUGCAUGCAAACAAUGUUAAUGCUAGUCCUCCAGCCUCGCCGCAGACGAAGGUGGUGAGCCCGGUGCAGCAGAAGACCGCCAACGGCACGAAGAACGGCGCGGCGGUGCCGGAGGUGCGCGCCGGGCCGGUGGAGGUGCAGCGCUCGCCGCCGCAGGAGCCGCUGCAGCCCGAACACGUCACCAUCAAGAAGAAGCAGAAGUGCAAGUGCUGCGUCAUCCAGUAACGCCCCGGCCUCACCGCUCAGCCAGUACACACUAUGCUUUCCAUUUUCUAGCAUACUCCCAAUAUGGUGUUUACUCGGUGCUAUAUCAUUUCCCACACGUUUCUACCACGAGAAGUACCUAAAGUCAUGUUCAAAUUACUUAUAUCUCCAGGAAAGCCUAUGUGUUCAAACGUUUUAAAAAUUAAAAAAAAUAUUGCAUUACAAUAAAAAAUAACUAGUUGUUGUCUGGCCUGUACUUUUGCGUACUUCGAUAUUUAUAAGCGUGUUUUUUUAUUAUUCACAGUUGCAUUUUUAAUGUAACAGUUUUUGUUUUAUCUGUUAUUACUUUGUUUUAUAAGUAUCGUAACAGUUAUACUACUUGCGAUAGGGUACAAAAGUUUUAUUAUUUGACUAGUCUGGUGAGAUGAGACGGUUUUAGAUUAUGAUUGUUCCAGCUGUAGAGAUACAAAAGCCCACUACUAAAUUUGAGUUUAUUAUUACUUCCUAUAAUUUUUAAAGAGAAUCUCAGCAAGAAUACAACAGUAUAAUAUUAAAGAAAUCUUAAAAUAAAAAGAUGUAAUUUAUUGAAGAGAUUUAAAACUAAUAUUGCAGUUAUUGUGACUAAAAUCAGAUCACUUUAUCACAAAAAAAUCAUGUGAGGUGUUAAAAUAUCAUAAUAAUUUUGAAUAUAAUCAAUGAUAAUUUAUUUUAAAACUGUUACUGAGUUAAAUAAUGUUUAAAUACAUAAUUUUAAAUGUAUAUUUUUAUAUGUUUAUUUAUAAAAAAAGUAUUAUAAUCUUUAAAAUAUAAUAAUUUACCUAGAACUUAGAAAUAUAUCAGCGACAGUAAUAGAAUUUUCACUUGUAUGUAUGUAUGCUUAUACAGUGUCAUAAUAUUUCAAACUUUCUGCAUAAUAUUGUCAGCUGCUGUGAAGGUUGUACUGAGAUAUAAGAGCAGUAAUGAUCUCGUAUAUUGAUUUUAUUGUAUCAUUAAAUAUAGGACCCUGUGGUGUUGGAUUUAAGACUGCUUACUCAAUAUAAUAUUUUGUAGCCCCUCUCUAUAGUAUUUGAAAGUACCCCAUUUCAAAUCGAAAUUAAUAGCUACACUUUCCGAAAGUACUAUAAUAAUUUGUAUGCCAUUUCUUAGCUGCAAGCUUGCGUCCAAUAAUAUGGUUAUGUAUAUAAUAUUGCUAAGAUUUGAUGGUACUUCACUGGCCAAUAUAUGAUUAUAUAUUAUUAUAAAAAUAACUUAUAUCAUAUGAUAUAAUAAUAUCUUCACAUAUUUAUGUUAUUAAAACUCAGUGGCCAAGUAGGGUGCUUGUAAACUUAACAAGUGGUUAGUGACAAAAUUAUUUAUUAUCCAAUUAUUACUUAGUUGUUCUAAAGUCGACUCGAAAACUUGCGUGACAGCUACCUUUCCUAUUUUUUCAAAGAAAUAAUCUAAACGCAAUUUAAUUGGGCUCAUACACUUAGUAAGCAAAUGUAACAAUAGUGUUAUAAUAGAGGAUAAUAGAUAGGGAAGUACUUGGAAUGGUGUGCUGGAAAAAAAACCAAGUAGAUUCCGUAAAGAUGAAAAAAUAUUGUAAAAAUUGUAACAAGAUUAGGUUGAUCCUUUAAAUCAAUGUUUCCUCAGUUAGAUAGGUAAAUAGAAAGGUAAUAUUUAAGACAGUUUAUUAUUAUCCAGGUUAUUUGUUAUAUGUGGUUAUUUUAAAAAUAAAUUAUUUUCAUUCGAUCUUUAGAUACCAUUUCUAGAUAUUAAGCGUCCGUGAAAUUAAGGCAGUCCGUCGGUAAAUAAAUAUUU